AUACUGAAAUAGACAGCAAUUUGAGAUCCUGACGUGGUGGCGAUUGACGAAUCGAUACUUUGCUUCAGACUCCUGAUUCACUGAUCUUAUAGACGAUCCAUACUCGGUUGGGUUUUUAGGGUUAUCAUCUGAGUGGUGUGUUAUGGAUUUCCAGAAGAAGAGACUCCAGUUCUUUGGGUUUGUUGUUGGCCUUAUUGUUCUCAGUUUCGCAGCUGAAAAAUGUAGAGAGAUGGUUGGAGAAACAGCUUCAUCCCAGAGUGGGAAGUUUACGAUCUUCAACUGUUUUGAUGGGGGUUCAGGAACAUUAGCAUGCGUGGUAAAAGAGGGCGUGAAAUUGUAUACCUACAACAUUAGAACAGUCCAUGUUGAGGUAGCAAGAAAUAAAGCAAUCGAAACAUCACUGGCUGACGCAAUUUCACAAGGCAUGGAAGCAAAAGCUGCUGCUCAGAAAGCCCAGAAAGAUGGAGCCAAGGCUGCAAAGCUGGCAACCAGGAAAACUAAACGUAUUGUAGGGCCUAUUAUUUCUUCCGGAUGGGAUUUCUUUGAAGCCAUUUACUAUGGAGGAACCGUCACAGAAGGGUUUUUGAGGGGCACAGGAACAUUGUUUGGAACCUACGCCAUAGGGUACUUAGGAGAAGAAAGGUUUGGCCGAUUUGGGUAUUUGGUUGGAAGUCAAUUCGGCAGUUGGAUUGGAGGAAGGAUUGGCUUAAUGGUGUAUGACAUUGUCAACGGUGUGCAUUUCUUGCUUCAAUUUGGCCAACCAGAAGAAAAUGUGGUUCAGUUUGGUCAAACAGACGAAAAUGUAGUAGAACAAAAUGAUUCCGGGGGGGCUUCUUUUCUUGAAACUAUCAUGGGUUAUAUCGGUUCAUACAUGUCUGAAACUAUCAACUCGGAAGGCUCUGUGGAGGCUGAGAUUUACGAGUCUCCUGCUUAUGAGAGUUUCAAGUCUAACGAAGAACUUUACGAAGGCUCUGUGGAGGCUGAGAUUUACGAGUCUCCUGCUUAUGAGAGUUUCGAGUCCAACGAAGAACUUUAAUAAGGUAAAAUAAAGCUUGUUGUUCCAUUACUUUUUUUAUUGUUUGAAAUACUAGAUAAUUUGUGUAGUAGAUGUAGAAUAAUUCAUUAGAGUCCAUGGAUAUAAAGCUUAAUCUAGAGACCCUUGGUUCUAUAUAUGUAUAGAAGCUAAGCCCUGGGAUUGUGGGCAUUAUUAUAGCAACUCAUUUGGCUUUGUUUUUAUGUUGGUUUUAUGGUGCAACCCUUCUCUC